AUGUCUCAAAAAGCUCUUGUACUUCGCGAAAUUGGCACGCCAUUGGUUCCGGGAGAUCGUCCAAUCCCACAACCCGGCCAAAAUCAUUUGCUACUUAAGGUUCUCGUCGCUGGUCUCAACCCUCACGAUCAGAGAACUCGCGAUGCUGGUCUUUUCGUCACGAGCUUCCCUUUUGUUCCUGGUAGCGACAUAGUUGGCGAAGUCGUGGGCGUGGGCGAAGGGGAGCAUUCUGAAAUAUUCAACAUUGGUGAUCAUGUCUUCGGCCAUACGUUCGUCAAAGAUGGUGAUGCCAAUGACUUCAACCCUCUUCAGCAAUAUGCUCUCGCGGACGCGCGAUUCGUUGCCAAAGUAGCGGAUACAGGUCUAUCCGACGAUGAAGCAUCAACCAUACCAGUAAUUGUGUUGGCGGGUUUCAUUGCACUUUUCUCCAGCUCUGGUCUCGGUCUUCCUCCACCGUUCUCGGCUGAAGCAGCUUCUUUUGACUUCGCUGCCACCACUCUUCUGGUUAUCGGAGGUGGCUCAAAUACUGGAAUGGCUACGAUUGAACUGGCCAGGCUUGCAGGAAUCAAACAGAUCAUCGUAGUUGCCGGGAUUCGUAAUGAGGCCGAGAUAAAAACGAGGGGGGCUUCCCACGUGAUUGACCGGCACGCCGGCGAUGUACUAGGUCAAAUCCGCGCUAUCACCGGGGACGACCUGAUCUAUGCUGUUGAUACGGUGAAUCCUGGUCAGAAACAAGAGGUUGGCGUCGCUGCGCUUUCCAACUCGAAGAAAGGCACACUCAUCACGCUUCGUCGACCUGAUGGAGAUUUUGAUCCUGACCACAUUGGUACGAAGAGCGCCGGUUAUGAGCGUAGGCUGGUAUUGGGGGUUUCAACAGGCCACCCAGAACUGGCAAUGGGCUUCUGGAAGGAAGUCCCUGCAUGGCUUAAAGAUGGAAAGAUCAGUUCAAGCAAAUAUAAGGUUGUGAAAGGCUUGGACGCAGAUGUCGUGAACAAGGUUCUGGAUGAUUACCGAGAUGGGAAGGGUGAGAAGACGAAUGUCCACCCAUGGGAGUAA